AUGUCGUGGAGAAAUCAAGGGAUUACGGGAUCCAACAAUAUCCCUCUCGGUAAGAGCCGACGAUUUGGAGGCGAAUUAGACGAUGCGAUCGAGCAACGCGAAAAUGGAAGCGAUACCUUCAGCCUUUCCAAUGGAGACCGCGACUUGAAGCGCGGUCGUAGCCCCGAACCAAGAACCGAUGCCGAUGGCCCUCGACGCCGAAAGAAGAGAAAUCGAUGGGGUGAUGCGUCUGAGAACAAAGCUGCUGGGCUUAUGGGUCUUCCCACAGCUAUCGUGGCCAACAUGACUAGCGAGCAACUGGAAGCCUACACUCUACACCUUCGAAUCGAAGAGAUUAGCCAGAAGCUGCGCAUUAACGAUGUCGUCCCUGCUGAUGGCGACAGAUCCCCAUCUCCCCCGCCUCAAUACGACAACCAUGGUCGCCGUGUUAACACUAGAGAAUACCGCUACCGAAAACGUCUCGAAGAUGAGAGACACAAGCUUGUUGAGAAGGCUAUGAAGACUAUUCCUAACUACCACCCACCCCAGGACUACCGGCGCCCUACUAAGACCCAAGAGAAGGUCUACGUGCCCGUCAAUGACUAUCCAGAGAUUAACUUCAGUCUUCUUACUAAAGUUGGUUUACUUAUCGGUCCUCGUGGCAACACAUUGAAGAAGAUGGAAUCAGAAUCAGGAGCCAAAAUUGCCAUCCGCGGAAAAGGCUCCGUCAAAGAAGGCAAAGGCCGAUCUGAUGCUGCCCACGCUAGCAACCAGGAGGAAGAUCUCCAUUGUUUGAUCAUGGCGGACACAGAGGAAAAAGUCAACAAGGCCAAAAAGCUAAUCCACAAUGUCAUCGAAACUGCUGCGUCAAUUCCUGAGGGACAAAACGAACUCAAGAGAAACCAGCUUCGAGAACUGGCCACAUUGAACGGUACUCUACGUGAUGAUGAAAAUCAGGCCUGUCAAAACUGUGGUCAAAUUGGCCACCGAAAGUACGAUUGUCCCGAGAAGCAGAACUUCACGGCCAACAUCAUUUGCCGCGUCUGCGGAAACGCCGGUCACAUGGCUCGAGAUUGUCCUGAUAGACAGAAAGGUGCCAGCUGGCGUAACGACGGUCCUCCCCGCGCUGCUGCUGGUCGCAUCGGCAGUGGAGAUGCCGUCGAUCGCGAAUAUGAGCAAUUCCUCGAAGAACUUGGAGGUGGCUCCAGCGGAACUCCAGCUCGUAUCGAAGCGGCACCUGGCUCCUACAACAACAACAAUGGCGGGAGUGGUGACGCAAAGCCUUGGCAACGAGGUCCGACAGGCGCUGCUGCUCCAUGGCGUUCUCGCAACAACGAUCAGAACAACGAAAGUGGAGGCGGUGGUUCUGCUCCCUGGCGCGAUCGCCAUCGUGGCAAUGACAGCCAUGGGGGUGGGGGUGAUUAUUAUGGUGGCCAAGGACAGAAUUAUAACAGUGGUUCAGCCCCUGGAGCAGCCGCACCUUGGCAUCAAGCCUCAAGUGGGCAGCCUCAAUACCCCAGCUAUCCCGGCUAUUCAGGGUAUGGUGCAGCUCCUGGUAUGGGACCUCCUCCUGGUCUUGCUCCUCCGGGAGGUUCUCUCGGUGCUCCGCCUGGAUUACCACCAGGAAACAUUAAUGCUCUAAUCCAGCAAUACUCAAACGGAGCGGCACCUCCCCCUCCACCACCUAGUGGUGAUGCUCCUCCGCCACCUCCUGGUGAUCAGCCGCCGCCACCUCCUCCUGGUGCUUGA